ACUCUCUUUCACAUGAAAACUCUUUUAUGAGUUCUGAACAGUUAACACCAAAAUUUACCGGGAAGACAAAACAAAAAGGUCAAGAAAUUCAAUAGAAAUUAUCAAUUAAUGAGAAAGAAAACCAUCUAAUUUGGGUUAAAAAUUUCAAUGGCGGAUGAUGCAGAAGGAUCUUCUCUUCUAACCCCUCCGUCUCCGAUCACUGACUCUACAGAGAUCGACCUCGAAGCAGGUCCCGGCGACCAAAUUCAGUGUCGUAUUUGCCUCGAAACUGACGGUAGGGAUUUUAUUGCGCCAUGCAAAUGUAAAGGAACAUCUAAGUAUGUGCAUCGCGAAUGUUUGGAUCAUUGGCGAGCUGUGAAGGAAGGGUUUGCAUUUGCUCAUUGCACAACCUGCAAGGCCCCUUACCACUUAAGAGUUCAUGUUGCUGCUGAUAGAAAGUGGCGUACCAUGAAAUUUCGGUUCUUUGUGACCAGAGACAUUGCCGUUAUAUUUCUGGCUGUUCAGCUUGUAAUUGCUUCACUUGCAUACUUGAUGUAUUUAAUUGAUAGCUAUCAGCAGUCAUGGCUUCGACAUGCAUGGGGCUUUGAUAAUGAGCUUAGUUUUUAUUAUAUAUGUGGAGCACUAUUGUUUUUUGCUUUGUUGGGGCUAUCGGGAUGCUUCAUUACUUGUUAUGAUCGAAGAGUUCGUAGCGAUUUGGCUCAGCCUUGUCGAGAAUUAUGUCUAUGUUGCUGUCAGCCUGGAAUGUGUGCAGACUGCCAUUUACCGGGCACCCUUUGUAUGUGGACUGACUGUACCACUUGCUUUGAGAGCUGUGCAAGUGCUGCUAGCGAAUGUGGUUGUUUGGGAGGUGCUGGUGAAGCAGGCCUACCAUUGUUAUUUAUAAUGGCUCUGAUUGUGCUGGGACUAUUUACCGUUAUUGGCAUAUUCUAUAGCGUGUUGGUGGCUACAAUGGUUGGACAACGAAUAUGGCAGAGGCACUAUCACAUACUUGCAAAAAGGAUGCUAACAAAAGAAUAUGUGGUUGAGGAUGUUGAUGGUGAGAUGACAGAAUCUGAUUGGUCUCCACCACCUCUUCCACCGGAGCAUGUUCAGCAGCUAAAAAAUCUGGGUCUUCUAUGAUUUAAAAGAGGCGACAAGUCAUUGGUUGCAAGAAUAACAAACUGUAGAGAUGGAUUGCUACUCCAUUUUGGUAGGUCAGUCCGUACUGUGCCUUUGAAUAUCUUGAGUGCAAACUAUCUCGUAGGAUCACUAGGUAAGAAAGAACCAAAAGUACCACUUUGAUGUCGUUCAAAUUAUCACAUAACGAAGUGUCCGAUUAUACGUGGAAAGUUUCUGGUACUGCUACUAUACUUCAAUUGGUGUUGGUAAAGAGAAACUGAAACAAUGUGUACUGAAAAUUACUAACAAAAGAUGCUUUUCCAUCUGUAUCAUGUCUGUAUUUAUUAACGAAAAGUUUACUCUCUGGACAAGUAACAAAAUGUGUGUGGCAAUCUUAAGUUACAGUUUCUUGCACAAA